AUGACCACCCCCCAGCUGCGGCACCAAGUCAUCCAGAUUUACAAAGAGCUCCUCUUCCUUGGCCGCGAAUACCCUCUCGGCUACCAAUUCUUUCGCGAACGCUUACACCGUGCUUUUGCGAGCCAGGCUCACGUCACUGACGAGGCGAAAAUCGUAGACGGAAUACGGAGGGCGGAGUAUGUGAAGAAAGAAAUUGAGGCAUUGUGA